UGAUACACCCCUUGACGUCUGCAGAGAAGGUGUCGGGGGGAACACCAGCCGCCAGGUUACCUCGCAUCGACGAGCCCGCAAUGACGCAACGGAUUUACUCAACACAGCCCCAAUGCUGUGAGGGACGGGAGAACACUUGCCGGGUUUCCCACGUUUCCUAUGACCAAAAGCGGGCCGAGGACUCUGAAACUGACAGAUAUAACGUGACUGACACGCGGACCCGCUUCCGAUUUCAGGAAGCCAGCCUCUGCGGACACCAGGGGAGAAGCCGAUGCAAACUUUGAGGAUGGCAUACAUGACAUUGCUCUUCCUACCUUGUGUUCUCAGUGCACGGGUGCGCAUAUUCGUCCCUGGAUAUGAGACAGCCAUCUCCAGAGAGCCAUACAGGGAGAGCCGGGCAGUUCUUACUACGACGGGCAAGGAAUGUAAAUUCCCAUUUCGCAUGGGUGGAAGGCUUCACCAUCACUGCAUCACCAUCCUGUCCUCAAGACCGUGGUGCUCUCUUACUCAUAAUUUUGAUCGGGACUGGCAGGGAGGCUUCUGUGCACCAGAGAAAACUCAGCCAAACGUUUUUGUCCACACGUCUCGCAGAAUCACCGAUCCGUGUCGAGUGAAUCCGUGUCAGAAUGGAGGCCUCUGCACGCUGAUCCCACAAAGAGGCACAUUUGAGUGCUCCUGCCCUGAGAGCUUCUCAGGGAGACUGUGUGAGCAGAAGAAGUGCUUUGAAACUAUACACCUGCGCCAUUAUGACAUCGGGGAGUCUUGGGGACGAAUUCACCUCCGUAAUGUGGAACAGUGCACAUGUGUGGCAGGGGAAAUCACGUGUGAAAGAGUUCGCUACACAAUGUGCCGACUGAACCCUUGUCACAAUGAUGGAACAUGUCGACUGAUCACAGCCACGGGCAAGGAAGUGUGCAGCUGCAGGCGCGGCUACAGCGGACCGCACUGUAGCCUCGAGCCGGAGACAGAGUGCUAUAACAGCAGGGGCAAGGGUUACCGGGGGCUGGUGAGCAUCACGGCGUCUGGCGCCCGGUGUCUGCCGUGGAACUCAGACCUGCUGCAUGACGAGCUCCAUGUGGGCACGGUGGUUGCAUCGUCCCUCAGGGGCCUCGGCGAGCAUUCCUACUGCAGGAACCCAGAUGGGGACAAGAUGCCUUGGUGCUACACACUAUAUGAUGGUGCCAUCUCCUGGGAGUACUGUGACAUCCCCUCCUGUGUGAUGCCUCAGUAUUCUUCUCGGAGGAUUAUCCAAUUUAAUAACCUGCCCGGCAUUAAAAAACCGAACCGCCACAAGCCAGCCAAAAAGCCUGUGUGUGGGAAAAAGCACAAGAAGAGGCUGUCGAUAGCCAGGGGGCGGAUAAUGGGUGGCAACUCAGCUCUGCCAGGGACUCACCCCUGGAUGGCAGCAAUUUACAUCGGACAGUCUGACUUCUGCGCCGGCACCCUCAUCUCCUCUUGCUGGGUCGCCUCUGCAGCGCACUGCUUCUUCCGCAACCCACUGAAGUCUCAGCUUCGCGUGGUGCUCGGCCAGCAGAGUUUCAACGUAACCGGUCCCAACACCCGGACGUUCGGAGUGGAGGAGUACAUCUUUCCAAAACAGUUCUCAGUGUUUAAUCCAACACUACAUGACAUUGUUCUGGUCAAACUGAAGAAGCAGGACGGGCGGUGUGUGAAGAGGACCCCGUUCAUCAGGCCCAUCUGUCUCCCAGACAAAAGCAUGACGUUCCCCGACGGCUACUGCUGUACUAUUAGCGGCUGGGGACACAUGCAUGAGAAGGCAGACAGGUACUCCAGUCUACAGGAGGCUGGAGUCAGACUGAUUCCUCAUGACGCCUGUAGGAAGCCAGAAGUCUUCGGCAACCAUGUCACCGCUGACAUGAUCUGCGCGGGGCUCAACGGCUGCGUCGACGCAUGCCAGGGCGACUCCGGGGGCCCUCUGGCUUGUGCGAGGAAUGAUGUCAGCUUCCUGUAUGGGAUCAUCAGCUGGGGAGAGGGCUGCGGCCGCUCCGGAAAACCUGGCGUUUACACUAGAGUGGUGAACUAUAUCGACUGGAUCAAUUCAGUGAUCAGACGCAAACCCAAGGCUUCAUAAAUGAAAAAUCAACUGGACACUGGCUUUGAUAUGAAAUAUUGUACUGUAUUAUAUUGUAACUGUUUUUUUAAAAAUGUUUUUUAUUAUAAUGCUUGUGGAAGUUUAUAGGUUAUCUUUUAACUGUGAAACAUUUUGUGACUGAAUAAACCUUU